AUGGCUACUGCGGAUCGUGAUCAAACUGUUAUUCGUCGAACAAUAAUUGAACGUGGGAUUCGUGCUAGUGAUAAUUCAGCUGGCGGUCGUGCUGGUGGUUUAGAAGCUGUACGUAAGUUAGCUAAACAACAUGAAGGCGAACAACUUGAAAUGCAAGAACUUAAUACAAAAUUUGGCGCAUAUCUUGAUCGCGUUAAAUUUCUUGAAACACAAAAUCGUAAAUUACAAGCUGAACUUGAUUCACUUAAACAAAAAUGGGGUUUUGAUUCUGGUAAAGUUAAAGAUCAAUAUGAUCAAGGAUUAGUUUCAUUACGAAAACAAAUUGAUGAUGUUACACGUGAUAAAGCUUUAGCUGAAUUACGUGCUAAACGUGCUGAAUAUGAUGCAUCGUUAAUAAAACAUCAAACUGAUUUUGCUAAUGAAUUAGUUAAUCUCGAUCGUAAUCGUUUUACUAUGCUUAAACAACAACUUGAAGGCUCUGGUUCAGAAUUAGAUUCUUUACGUAAUCGAUUUGAAGAUAAAAAACAAGAAAUUGAUCGUAGUAAAGAUGAAGUUCGACGUCUUUUAGCACAAUUAGAAGAUUUAAAAAAUGAAUUUGAUCAAGAAUCUAUGCAACGUGUUAUGAUACAAAAUGAAUUACAAACAUUAGAGGAACAAUUAGCUUUUAUGAAAGCUGUUCAUGAAGAAGAACGCAAUGAAUUAGCUUCACUUGGUACAUUACCUAUUGAUGUUAGUCAAUUUUAUCGAACGGAAUUAACACGUGCUAUUGCGGAUAUUAAGAAUGAUUUUGAAGCACUUUCACAAGCACAACGACGUGAAUUAGAAGAAUAUUAUCGAAUUAAGACUGAAGAAAUUCGUGAACAAGCAGCUGAACAAAAACGUAAAAUUGAAGAAGCCCGUCGUACAGGUGCUGUUGAAAUUAUGGAUUUAUCUGCAUUAAAAUCUUUAUUAUCUGAAAAUCGUGAUAAUUAUAACAAAUUACAAAAAGAACAUUCAGAUUUGGCAAAUGAACUUCGAGAAUUAGAAGAAAAUUUUGAACGAAUUUCAGGCGAACAUAAUCGAGCACAAAAUGAACGUGAUCGAGAAUUAGCUGAAUUACGUGGUCAAGCUGAACAACGUGAACAAGCCAUUGCUGCUGUACUUGAAAAUAAUGUUUCACUUAGAUUUGAAAUCAAUACAUAUAGACGUUUACUUGAAGUUGAAGAAGGUCAUCUACAAAGAAUUGAAAAUGGAGAAGGUUUAACUAGUGGUACAAAAGGUCCAUCAACAUCAUCAUAUCAUUUUCAAUCAGGAUCAUCAGUUAGUGGAAAUACGGCCGGUCGUUAUGAAGCAACACCAUCAGAUGUUUCAACUAAGAAAAUGACCGUACAAAAAUCGGCACGAGGCCCUCUUGCUAUUGAUCAGGUAGAUCCUCAAGGUAAUUUUAUCGUCAUCGAGAAUGCCGGUUCACCAGGCAAAGAUCAAGAAUUAAAAGGCUGGACAUUACGACGAAAAAUUGACGCCAAAGAUGAUAUUGUUUAUAAAUUUCCGGAUAAUUUUGUACUUAAAUCACGAUCACGUGUACGUAUAUUAGCUCGUACUGCAAGUAAAGGUUCAGUAAAUGAAAAAGAAACAUUAGUAGCUGAAGGUAUUCAAACAUGGGGUACAGGUACAACUAUGGUCACACGUCUUUUUGAUGCAAAUGGAGAAGAAAAAGCUUUAUUUAAUCAAAAAUUUCAAUAA